AAAAUGUACCUGAGGUAAUCUACUACUGACUUCAUCUUCACAACUGAUUUAAAGCAGCUUAGCAAUGAACAGUAUGUUUUCCAGAAAAGGCUUCCAUCUCCCUUCUCAGCUCCUUCUUGAUUUCCUAUUGCUGGCUCCUGGAAUCACAGCCCAGAGGGAGCUGACAUGCACUUGUUCAAGGGAGCACUUUCAUCAGUCUUCUUAAGAAGGCAGUAAGAUCAGCCUGAAACAUCAACAGAAAGAGGUGCACUUAGAGAAAAGGCAAUAGGGAGUAAGGAAACCUACCUGUAUUCAGAUACCAAUCAUACAUAUUUCAAAAGGCCAUUUUUAAUAGGAAAUAAGAGGGAAAAAUAAAUAUAAGAAUUUGAUGUUUUUUAAAAUGACUUAAUUCUAUGAGCAUCAAUCUAGUCAGGGAGAUAAGCUGCUAAAUGCAACCUUGCAGAUGCAUAAAGAUGAACACCUCCUCAAGGUGCUACCACUGGUCAGUGGCAAAGUGAGAAAAAGAAGUUGGGAGAUUAGAACUGCUAGUCCUGAUUUCCCUUUGUUUUCUCCUGAGCUGCAAUCAGAAUGUGUUAUGCAUUUUUUAUCUCCUCUGUCUAUGACAGUAUCAGAUUUUUUUUUUUUUUUUAAGAGGGGAGGGUCUGGGCACAGUACAUAGCCCAAAUUAUUAAAAAUCUUUAUGCUGAGGAGACCAGUUCAGCAAAAGCCCACUGACAUGAGCUCGUGACCUUAGGCAAAUGUCAGUGGAUGCUGGUGAUUCCUUAUUUCCUAUUUUCUGUGUAUGUCUUUGUCUACCUCACUUAGAUAGCUCGUGUUUUCUUCACUAACAACAAGCUCAGAGACUGUUUCCCUGAGAGCAUUUCACUCUGUUAGCUUUCCAGUGUCUGAUACCCAAGACUCCCCAUGGUGCUUCAGCUCUCCAGCUGGGAAAGCAUCCAUCCUGUCACUGAAGUCCCUGCUGUGAGGCUCCAGACCUCAAUUACACCAGUAUGCAGCAGCAUCUGUGUUAGUGCUCUCAGCAAAUUCAAUUCUGAGAGUUGAUCUCCUGGAGAAGGGGCAGUAGCAUCUACAAAGGCAGCAAUUCUCGAAGCAAGUCAGUGUCACAGGAGGGAUGGGAUAAACCCGGGGAUCCCCUCCUGGCCCGGAUCAGUUACAGCCAUUAAAGAACGGGCAGCUGUGAUGUGGGAGCGGCAGGUUGUGAGCGGUCCCACAGCUGGUUACAGCGGACCCCAAGUAAUAAAAUAACACUUGAAGAGAAAAGUUCAUAGAGCGGAAUCCCUUUUUCAAUGUACUUUUUUUUUCUCUGUGAAAAUCCGCACCUGCUCUGCUCCUUCCCCCGCGCGGGACCGAGCGGAGCGCAGCGGGCGGAGCUGGAAAGCGGGAGCCGCCCCUCAGCCGCCCGCCAUUUUGGGAAGCGCCGGAACGGGCCUGGAGCGCCCUCUGGCGCCCGUCUGCCCGCAGCUGAGGCACAGCUCGACCGCCGGCGGAGCGUGCUGUCGCCGGCCAUGAAGUCCGUCUUCGUCACUGUGGGCACUACCAGUUUCGACGAGCUGAUCGCGGCCGUUUCCUCCCCUGCGGCCGAGGAGGUGCUGCGGAGCCGCGGCUGCCGCCAGCUGGUGCUGCAGAUCGGGCGGGGCGCGCUGCAGCCCGCCCCUCAGCACGGCCCGGCCUUCGUGCGGGAGGUGUUCCGCUUCAAGGAGUCGCUGACUGAGGAUCUGCGGAGCGCCGACCUGGUCAUAAGCCACGCAGGUGCAGGUAGCUGUUUGGAGACUCUAGAGGAAGGAAAGCCGCUGCUUGUGGUGAUAAAUGAGAAGCUGAUGGACAAUCAUCAGCUGGAGCUGGCACGUCAGCUCCACAAAGAUGGACACGUCCUCUAUUGUAACUGCAGCACACUUGUGGAGACACUGCAGUCAAUGGACUUGUCAGCUUUGAAACCUUUUCCUCCUGGACAACCAGAAAAGUUUGCUUUGUUUUUGGAUAAAGUUGCUGGGUUUGAAUACUCCGCCGUGCAACCCCAGCAGGGGGCGGGCGGCAGCAGCGGCCCCCGCACGGAGCCGGGCACGAGAUCCCCGCGCUCGAGGCGGGCCCGACAGCGGGAGCGGCCGCACCUGGGCGCGCCGAGCGUCGACCCUCAUUGGCGGCCGUCGCCGCCCUCCCCAGUGCUAUGCGAGGAGCCUCGGCCCCGCCGCCUUCCCGGCACGAUGCAGAAGGGCUGGAAGAAGUACUUCGGGCAGAAGUCGCUCAGCGAGGUGACUAUGGACGAGUACCUGGGCAGUCUCGGCCUGUACCGCAAGCUGACGGCCAAGGACGCCUCCUGUCUCUUCAGAGCCAUCUCGGAGCAGCUGUUUUUGUGCCAAAUUCAUCACAUGGAGGUGAGGAAAGCUUGCGUCUCGUUUAUGAGGCAAAAUCAGCGUAACUUUGAAUCCUAUGUGGAGGGAUCAUUUGAGAAAUACCUUGAACGAUUGGGAGAUCCAAAGGAAAGUGCUGGCCAGCUGGAAAUAAGUGCUUUAUCAGUGAUCUACAAUCGAGACUUUAUUCUGUACCGGUACCCUGGAAGGCCACCCACUUAUGCUACAGACAAUGGCUUUGAAGACAAGAUACUACUGUGCUGUUCUGGCAAUGGCCAUUAUGACUCUGUGUAUACAAAACAAUUUCAAGCAAAUGCUGCUAUUUGCCAGGCUGUAUUAUAUGAAAUCCUCUACAAAGAUGUGUUCCUCAUGGAUGAGGAAGAAUUAAGGUCUGCAGUUGAGAUGUUUCGAAGUGGUUCCAAGAAGAACAGAAACAGUGGCUGUGUAGAAAGCGAGGAUACAAACUUCGAUUGUCUUCAUGAAAAAGUACCCAGAAAUCCAUCAGGAAAGAGAGGUGAUGACUGGGAAGGCAAUGAUACUGACAAUCCAGUGGAAGAUAAGUUCAGACAAGGCACUGAAGAAGCAAAGACUCCAGAAAAUUCCUCAAAAAUGCCUUUCCCCUACAAAGUGCUGAAGGCUUUGGACCCAGAGAUUUAUCGAAAUGUGGAAUUUGAUGUUUGGCUGGACAGCAGAAAAGAGCUUCAAAAAACUGACUACAUGGUGUUUGCGGGGAGACAGUACUAUUUAGGAGACAAGUGUCAGGUGCGUCUGGAUCCUGGAGGUAAGUAUUACAAUGCUCAUAUCCAGGAAGUUGGGCAGGAUGGCAACACGGUGACUGUUUUCAUUGAGGAGCUGGCAGAAAAGCAUACCGUUCCUUUGGCAAACCUAAAACCAGUGACACAAGUGGCACCUGUCCUUGCUUGGAAUGUGGUUCCCAGCCGAAAAGGAGGAAGCUAUCAGAAAGUAGCAGGUGGAUACUUCUCAGGAAUAGAAAUGGAUGUGAAAACACGGAAGAGAUUGCUUAAGAAAGUUCGUGGAAAGGAGGUCUUUAUGACAAUGGCUUAUAGUAGGGGCCAGCCAGUUCUCCCACCCCGGCUACAGCAUGGUGUUCCCUCAGGGCGCUCUCCUCCAGUUCACUGUUCACAGGGUGGUGGAAACAUGGCACCUUAUGGACCCUAUCAUCCUCAGAAUCCUCCCCAGAGGCAUAACCGUGGAUUUGGAAUGCCAAGGGGAUCUGCCCGAUUUAUAAACAGGCACAACAUGGUUGGCCCUCAAAUAGCAUUCUACCCCAGUCCAGGAAAGAGAUGCUAUCAGAGCUAUGACAGUUUCUCCUGCAGGUCACGUUCAUACAGCCGUAGCCGCCGUCAGAUGCAGUGUGUGAAUAAGGAAUGUCAGUAUGGGUUUGUACCAGAGAAUGGAGAAGAGCCUCAAGGGUCAGAAGAAACAAUAACUUUCUAUGAAAUUGAAGAAGGGGAUGAAACUUCUUUUCCUGCUUUAGCAGGCCAGGGUAGCCCUACUGCAAUUGUCCACAGUCCAGCAGGUUUUUGGGUAGCUAGAAGAGGCCCCAACUCAGUUCCAGCCAACAAGCAGCCCCUGAAUCCCUCAGAGGAGGAUGUAGGAGAAACAAGUGAAAAUGGGAAAUUUCAUGAAGAAUAUCUGUAUGCACCUCCAGAUCCAGACUGUGAAACGGCAGCAGUAUUUAGUUCAGCAGAACCUACAGCAAACUUGGAAGAAGGGCCAUUGGCUGUGUCACCUCAAGAUGGAGUGGCUUCCUACAGCUAUCCCCAGAAGGUGAUGGUGAACUCUGCAGUAAUCGCUACCUCCGCAGGUGUUAAUGCUGCUCCACCUACAGUCUUCUCCUCAAACUCUGCCUCCACACAAGCCAGUGUCACAACAGCUGUUCCCCCACAAACAGCAAUUCAACCUGUUCUUAUAUCUCCCACUUCUGUAGGGAGGCCAGUACCAGUUUCUUCACUGCCAUUCCCAAUUUAUUCAGCUCCUCUUCCUCCAGCCAAUGAGAUGGGAGAAGCUGGUGCCAUUCCUCCACCUUACUCUUGUGAUCCCAGUGGCAACGAUCUGCCUAGAGAUACAAAGGUCUUGCAGUAUUAUUUUAAUCUGGGAUUGCAAUACUAUCACCAGAGUUACUGGCAUUCCAUGGUCUAUGUACAGCCGGUGCCACCAGCGUCAUCUGUGGAGGCUUAUCCAGCAUAUGCUGAGCCAGCUCAUGUCCUGGAUCAGUCAGUACCUCAGCUCUAUGAUGCUGGGCGAGCUGAGGUCCAUCAGGUUCCCCUCGAUGCGCCUACAAAUGGUAACUUCCAAAACACAGAGCCUCCAGCCCUGUCCCAUGGCACGGUGUAUUACCCAGUGGUGUCAGACCCCUACAACCAGCCAUCUGCUCCAGGGUUUGACUCUUGCAUCUCUCUAGUACCUGCCUAUCACUGUAUUGGCUCGUGGCAUUCAUUAAAUCCCCCAUAUGGAAAUUCUCCACGAGUUCCUAACGCUGUAAGUUCUGGACAGCUGCACCAAGUCAGCUAUGUUGCCUCACCUAACCCUGCAACGCAUUAUGUGCAUCAAGGAAUGUAAGUCCAGGAGGGUGUGAGCUCAUUUCUUGCACUUAGUUUUUCUCAUGUCUUUUUUCAUGAACUUCCAUUGUUUUGUAAGUCUUUGUCUCAAUGGGCUGGGGUGACUGAUUAAAUUGUGUUCGAUUCCAUGUUUCUUUCCAGGCUUAUGCUAAUGAUAAUCAGCUUGACAGGAUGAAGUUUUGGUAGUUCAUCUAAGGCAGCAUAGGAGAGGCGUAUACGUAAACUGUAGCACGGGGGAACACAAUGUGUGUGUUAGACUACAUAAAAAAAUGUGUAAAAAAAACAUACUGUCACUAUGGGAAAAUUGCAUUACAUACCCGUGUGAGUGGGUACAUUGUAACACUUGAACACGUGGUUCUUGUACAAGCACAGCUGCCCUUACAACCACAGCAAAAAAUUGGGUGCAGAGUUUGUUAGAGGACAGAAUUGCUGGAAGUAAGUUGGUGUUCUCGGAUUUCACAAAACAAAACUUUGUUUGCCGUUGGUGAUCACAUAUUUAUAAUAUGUGAUUUUGUUCUGUGUUGGCUUCAUGUCUCUUAAAAGUGUAAGAUACUGCUUCAACCUGUUCUACUGUAUAUCAGUGUGUGUUUGUAAGAUGCGUUUUGUGAAAGCUGUUGCACAAGUGGUGGUAGUUCUGGUGUCUGAUUUGCACUGAUAGCACAAAAUAAAAGCAUCUAACCCGUGGAAA